AUUGAACUUUUAGGAGUUUAGUGAACUUUUCAAUGUCAUUGAUUGAUUCUGGCUGAUUGAAUUGAUUUUGUUGCUCAAACAGUGUAAAUGGUUAAAUUUAGGUGUUUUUUGAGAGGUGGUAUUUAAAAUUUGUUGAAUUGUGUUUGUCUAUGAUUUCAUUUGAAAUUCCGCUGAGAGCGGUACUUACAUUUAGUGUUUGACUGUAUUUUUAAUAGGAUUGUCUUUGAAUAAGGAAAUUUGUGGGCAAAAAGAAAUGAUUGCAUCUGAAUGAUUUGGGGAUUUUUCUUCUUCUGUUAAAUUGGUUUGAAAUGGUUAUUCAAUGAUUAUUUUUCUUCCGUUUUAGUUGUUUAGUAAUUCAAGUAUAUUUUAUAGAUAGAUUGAGGUUACAUUUCUCAAAUCUUGGUUUUAGUCCAAAAGCAUAUUUGGUGUGCUUGUUGUAAGUUGCAUAGGACUGGAUUUCAGGGGUGUGAUAUGGCGAAGGAUAACUAGGAUGUGGUGUUUCUUCUUUCCCCUCUUUCUUAAUCGAGAUAUGGCCUGGAAGCUUUGUUUAGUAACUAGGAAUGUGCUUUGUGGUUUCCUUCACAAAACAGUUUUGAGUUAAAGUGAAUUCUGAUUCAUAUGGUCACAUAUACAGGUUCUAUAUUUACAGGAGCUCCUAGAGUACAUACGAUGCAUAUUGUUCAUAUAUAAGUUGUACCUCUCAAUAACUGUACAUAUCAACUUUGUAACCACCGGGUAGGUUAGAUUCUGUUCAGAAAAACUCAAGUCUCACAUCAAUUAGAGAUAAGACCACAAUAGAAUAUAUAAGUGGGAGGCAACCGUCACCCCUAUGAGCUAGCUUUUGGGGUUGAGUUAGGCCCAAACUCAAAUUCUAAAAUGGUAUCAUAGAGCCAAGAGCUUAACAGCAAAGUUGAUCCUGUGAUUCUGUGUGUAGGUGCUUGACACAUGGAUGCAGCCAGAUUCGUCACCAUCAGUGUAAGGUCUAAAAUAAGCCUUGAAGUACACUGCAAAACACACAUCAAUGGAGUCUCUAGUUCUUCAACUCCAUGAAAUCUCAGCAGUCAAAUUUGGCAAUUUCAAGCUCAAAUCUGGCAUCUCCUCACCAAUCUACAUAGACCUCCGCCUUGCUAUAUCUUAUCCUUCUGUCCUCCGGAAUAUUUCUCAAACCCUUAUUUCCUCUGUCUCUUCCACUUCAUUUGACCUUGUCUGUGGUGUCCCUUACACUGCUCUGCCCAUUGCCACUUGUGUCUCUGUUACUCAGAACAUCCCCAUGGUCAUGCGCCGCAAGGAAAUAAAAGAUUAUGGCACUUCUAAAGCUAUUGAAGGAGAUUUCAAGCAUGGCCAAAGUUGCUUGAUAAUUGAGGAUCUAGUUACUAGUGGCACAUCAGUUUUGGAAACUGCUGCACCACUGCGUGCCACAGGGUUGAAGGUCAGUGAUGCUGUGGUUUUGAUUGAUAGAGAGCAAGGUGGGAGAGAGAAUUUGGAGAGUAAUGGAAUCAAGCUGCAUGCAAUUCUCAAAUUGACUGAAAUGGUGAAAAUUUUGAGGGAAAAAGGAAAGCUUGAUAAGCAGAUGCUAGGGGUUGUUAUGAGAUUCUUAGAAGAGAAUCAAAAGGUCGCUGCUUUGGCAACUACAGCUAAGGUCAAGGCCUUCACAUUUAUGGAGAGGGCUAAGUUGUCCAAGAAUCCAACAGGAAAGAGGUUGUUUGAGAUAAUGGCCAAGAAGGAGAGUAAUCUGUGUUUGGCUGCAGAUGUUGGAACUGCAGCUGAAUUGCUUGAAAUUGCUGACAAGGUUGGGCCUGAGAUAUGCUUGCUGAAAACUCACGUUGAUAUUUUACCUGAUUUUACUCCUGAUUUCGGUUCUAAGCUUCGCUUGAUUGCAGAAAAACAUAACUUCUUAAUCUUUGAGGAUCGUAAGUUUGCUGACAUUGGUAACACGGUGACCAUGCAAUAUGAAGGAGGAAUCUUUCAUAUAUUGGAAUGGGCUGAUAUAGUAAAUGCUCACAUUAUAUCUGGUCCUGGAAUUGUGGAAGGACUGAAGUUGAAGGGUUUGCCUCGUGGAAGGGGUCUAUUGCUGCUUGCUGAAAUGAGUUCAGCUGGUAACCUUGCCAAGGGAGAUUACACCACUGCUGCGGUGAAAAUUGCUGAGGAUCACUCUGACUUUGUUAUUGGCUUCAUCUCAGUCAAUCCUGCAUCAUGGCCUGGAGCACCCAUAAAUCCCUCUUUUGUUCAUGCAACUCCUGGAGUUCAAAUGGUGACUGGUGGUGAUGCUUUAGGACAACAAUAUAGUACACCGCAUUCUGUUGUCUAUGAUGGGGGUAGUGACAUUAUCAUAGUAGGUCGUGGCAUCAUCAAGGCAGCAAAUCCAGCUCAGGCAGCUCGCGAAUACCGUCUUCAAGGAUGGAAUGCGUAUUUGGCUAAGUGCAGCUGAAGCCUGCAUUCUCAGACUAAUUGGAUGAGGCUAAGUUGUAUUUCAUUUCACCUCAGUAUAUAUAUAACUUCUAAAAAUGUAAGCAGCACUUGAGUUUUCUUUUCUUUUCUUCUUGUUUCCUUCCCUCCCAUUUUGGAUCUUCCAAACGAAGUGCUUCAUUUUAUGAUUUUCCUUAGCAUGUAAUAGGUUGAAUAAUGCAUUUCACAUCAAUUUUUUACAUCUUUUUUUCUUUCAUGGGACCAAACUAAUGCAUACCAUUCAAUGUAAUUAAUCUUAUGGAUUAUUGAUCCACAUGGGAUCAAUUACCAAAUA